ACCGAUUUCGGCAAUUCAAGUAGAUUUGGGCGAAAUACGCAUAAGGGAGAUAAAUACUGUAUACAUAAACCAAAACAAAAUUCACGUGUUGGAGAAAAAAACAUAUCAUCAUGGUUGAUUUACACAGUUCUAGCGAUUCAGAAGCUUAUGAUUCUGACGAGGAGCUUCAGAAAGCAUUUGCUGAGGGAAGGCUGAAGUCCACAGGACUCAAUGUAGAAGUUGCCCCACCCAAACAACUAAUAAACAAUGUGUCUGGAAUGAAACAGAAAUUAGACGAGCUGCAACAGACUUUAGACUGGACAGAAAGACUAGAUCUUACAAAUGACCCAGCCCCGCCUCCAGGGGGAGGGACAGAGCUAACAGAAGAAGGAGAUGAACUUGCUAAUAAUGAUUUCAAAAGAGAACUCAGAUUCUACAGGCAAGCACAGGCUUCAGUACUGAUUGGCAUACCACGUCUACACAAGAAAGGUUUGAAAACUAGAAGACCAGAAGAUUAUUUUGCGGAAAUGUCAAAGUCAGAUGUUCACAUGAAAAAAGUACGAGAGAAAUUAUUAGAAAAACAACAAAAUAUUGAAAAUAGGGACAAAGCUAGGAAACUAAGAGAACUCAGAAAAUAUGGUAAAAAGGUACAGCAAGAUGUCUUACUUAAACGACAAAAAGAAAAGAGAGAAAUGUUGGAUGCUGUUAAAAAAUUUAGAAAAGGCCAGAAAAAUAAGUUAGACUUUUUAGAUGAUAAAGACAAAGGGAACAAAAACAAAGGUCAGAAACGAGAAGUACAAGACAAAAACCAUCAACCAAACAAGAAAAGACAGUAUAAGAACCAGAAGUAUGGUUUUGGGGGUCAAAAGAAAAGAAGUAAAUUAAACACGAAGGAAUCAUCUGGAGAUAUGUCAUCAUUUAACGUCAAAGUCAAUCAAGGUCGACCAGGGUUCAACAAAAGUAACAAGGGCAAUAAGAAUAAAGGCAACAAGAGGCCAGGGAAGUCUCAGAGAACUAAAAUGAAAAGUAAACGGCAUUAAAAUUUGUAUUAUUAUGUAUAUACUUCUAAUAAAUUUGUUAAAAAACAGUAUUGCAUUUUUAGUUGACUGGAA